GGACGGGCCGAGGGGCUUGGGAAGGCCACGUGCCCGGUGCCAACGCAGGUGCCCGCGCCUGGCCCCAUGGCCCUGGUCACUGUGAGUCGCUCGCCCCCGGCCAGCGGCCACGCCACGCCGGUGGGGCCGACGGAUCAGGCGUCCGCUCGGAGAGGCCAACUGCAGCGAAGACAGAGCUUCGCAGUGCUCCAUGGGGCGGUCCUGGGGCUUCAGGACGGAGGGGGCAGUGCAGAUGCAGCUGAGGCCCGCCUCGGGCCCAAGGAGGAACCCCCGGGUGAAGAGGAGCCGGCCGGGGACCGCACAGACCAGGGGCUGGGGCCCCCGAGUCUCGGGAAGCAGGAUCCGCGGCGGCACCUGCACCUCAUGGUGGGACUGCUGAGGCCUCAGGACGACAUCCGCCUGGCAGCCCAGCUAGAGGCAGCACGGCCCCCCCGGCUCCGCUACCUGCUGGUCGUUUCCACAAGAGACCUUCUGAGCCAGGACGAGACGGUCCUCCUGGGGGUGGACCUCCCUGACGGCAGCUCUCCCAGCUGCACCCUGGGCCUGGUCUUGCCUCUCUGGAGCGACACUCAGGUCUACCUGGAUGGAGAUGGGGGCUUCAGUGUGACGUCCGGGGGGCAGAGCCGCAUCUUCAAGCCCAUCUCCAUCCAGACCAUGUGGGCCACGCUGCAGGUGUUGCACCAGGCAUGUGAGGCGGCCCUGGGCAGCGGCCUCGUGCCAGGCGGCAGUGCCCUCACCUGGGCCAGCCACUACCAGGACAGACUGAGCUCUGACCAGAGCUGCCUCAACGAGUGGAUGGCCAUGGCCGACCUGGAGUCUCUGCGGCCUCCUGGCACUGAGCCCGGCCGGCCCUCAGAACAGGAGCAGAUGGAGCAGGCGAUCCGGGCCGGGCUGUGGGAGGUGCUGGACACCAGUGACCUGGGCACCCGGGUGCUCGUGCACUGCAAGAUGGGCGUCAGCCGCUCGGCGGCCACCGUGGCGGCCUACGCCAUGAAGCAGUACGGCUGGAGCCUGGAGCGGGCGCUGCGCCAUGUGCAGGAGCUCCGCCCCAUCGCCCGGCCCAACCCCGGCUUCCUGCGCCAGCUGCAGACCUACCAGGGCAUCCUGACGGCCAGCCGGCAGAGCCAGGUCUGGGAGCAGAAAGUCGGCGGGGCCUCCCCAGAGGAACCCCUGGCCCUCGAGGCCUCGAAGCUGCUGCCGCCCCUUCUGCCAGAACCAGGGGACAGUGAGGGGGUGAAGGCCAUGGGGCUGGAGGAGAGCCAGAGCGCCCCGAAGGAAGAGCCUGGGCCGCGGCCCCGCAUCAACCUGCGUGGCGUCAUGAGAUCCAUCAGCCUCCUGGAGCCCCCCUCGGGGCUAGAAAGUGCUCUGGAAGCCAGUGACCUGCCAGAGGUUUUCUCUUCAAGCGAGUCUUCAGAAGAAAACCCCCCCCAGUCCUGUCCUCAGCCCUCAAAGGCCAAGGGCCAGAAGGGGCCUUGGCCUGCUCUGAAGUCCCACCAGUCUGUGGCUGCCCUCAACAGCGCCGCCCUGGUGGCCAGCAGGGCCAAGGCCUUCCAGGAGCCGGAGCAGGAGCAGGAGCAGGAGCAGGAGCAGGCUGGGGCGGCUGGUGGCUCCUCCGUGGCCAGGACCCAGAAGGUGGUGAGGCAGGCCAGCAUCGAUGGCAGCGGGGAGGAGGGUGAGGCCUGAGCCCAGGCCCCAUCCCAGACUCCAGAUUCUGCCACACCCCCCCCGCCGCCCCCCCCCCCCCCCCACACUACAGCCUCAGCAACUCCAGCCUUAGGCCUCAGGCCAUGUUCCCUGUCCAAGGGCUCAAGACCCCCCUCUCCCCCCAUAAAUGGGGUGGACUGAAGAUGUCCUGGGGGCGAUAGGCCCUAGCGUCAUUCCGGCUGUGAAACACUCACUCUGGCCGCUAAGUAAGUUUCCGGGCGCAGCAAGGGUCAUGCUGCCGCCCCCCACCCUGCCCCGCAGGCCACGGCUCGUGCUAAGUCUCCUGCCCUCCUGCCCUCGAGGCUCAGAGGGCUGACUCCCUGCCAGGCAGGAGGCUGCGGCCAGGCCCCAGGCCCCAGGCCGGCCACAGUGCGUCUUCCUUGCAUCCUCCCGGCGCCAGCCAAGGUUUCAGUCUUGGGAG